CGUCGCCGCCGCCCGCCGCAGCAGCCCCCAGGAUGGAUUCCCUCACGGGCGGUCUCAACGACAGCCUCUACGAUCUCGUUCCGGGCGGCCACCACGCCACGGCCGCCCACAACGCCCACGCGGACACCACGCACGCCCACAGCCACGCCCGCGACACCGACGGAGGGGCGGCUUCCCUCUCGUCGGCGGCGGGCGGGACCACACACGCCCACAGCCAGCACAACAGCGCCUCCUCCGCCGCCCGCCUCACAGUGCUCUCCGCCUCACGCCCACACGACCCGCCGCCCAGGGAUGGGCGUGUCUAUUUUGGACAGGACGCGGGCGAGAAACCGUCCCAGUCCUGCUCCACGGAAUCGGACGACGACAAGAACAAGAAGAAGCGGCAGCGGCGCCAAAGGACGCACUUCACGUCGCAGCAGCUGCAGGAGCUCGAGGCCACCUUCGCCAGGAACAGAUACCCAGACCUCAGUGCCCGCGAGGAAAUAGCACUUUGGCUCAACUUGAAGGAAGCACAAGUUAGGAUUUGGUUCAAGAACCGCCGCGCCAAGUGGAGGAAGCGCGAGCGCCACGCCAUGGCCACGGCGAUGCCCGGCGACCUGAAGGGCGGCUGGGGCGCGCAGCUCAACGGCCUGGCGUGGCCCGACGAAGGCCUCUACUCCGGCUACUCCUCCUACAACAACUGGGCGAAGGUGACGCCGCCGCCGCUGGGCGCCAAGAGCUUCGCGUGGGGCUUCAACGGCGUCAACAUGAACCCCCUGAUGAGCCAGCAGCCGUCGGCCAUGUCGCCCAUCAACUGCUUCCAGACGCCCACGCAGGGCAUGGGCGGCUCGGCCAACCUCAUGCCCACGUCCAUGUCGUCGUCGCUGGGCUCGAGCGCCGCCCCGUGCCCCUACCCGGCGCCUACCCCGCCCUACGUGUACCGCGACCAGACGUCCUCCAUGUCCUCCUCCAUCGCCUCGCUGCGCCUCAAGGCCAAGUCGCACUCGCCCGCCUUCUCCUACUCCAGCGGCGGCGCGGACACGCGCUCCCCGCCCGUGCCCGACAACAACGCCUUCUUCGCUGCCGCGGCGGCGCCCAGUGACAAGUUCUCCUGCAUGAACACGGUCAUCGCGUAACGCCCGCGGCGCCCUCACGCCCACACAAUACCAAUACCACGCCCUCAGCCGCCUUGAGCUGGCUGUGGCUGUGUGAGGGAACCGCGGCCCCCGGCGACGCGCUUCGGCGGCGCCGGGCGCGGGCCGUCGCUGCCGCCGCCCUGCGCAGCGCCCAAGGUCCGGGAGAGGGACCUGAAGAAGCCGCGCCGUCGCCGUCAGGAGCCGGUCGCAAGCCGGGGCACCUGCUGCAGGUCGCGGUCAGCUCACGGGUAUCCUAUAGACAGGACUUGUAUCGUAAAACAAAAGACAAGACACGGAAGUAACGAGCGGAGGCGAGAGAGACUGACCCCCGCCCCCCCCGCCCCAC